AUGGUGUACCCUAAUGAAUCCCGGGAGACCCCUCUCCAGAAGAAAAUGGGAAGGGGAAAGAUAGAGAUCAAGCGGAUCGAAAACACAACGAAUCGUCAAGUCACCUUCUGCAAGAGGCGCAAUGGUUUGCUCAAAAAGGCUUAUGAGUUAUCAGUUCUUUGUGAUGCUGAGGUUGCCCUGAUUGUCUUCUCCAGCCGUGGCCGUCUCUAUGAGUAUGCUAAUAAUAGUGUUAAAACAAUAAUUGAGAGGUACAAAAAAGCUUCUGCAGAUUCUUCCAAUACUGGGUCAGUUUCUGAAGCUACUGCUCAGUUCUACCAGCAAGAAGCUGACAAACUACGCAAACAAAUUCGAAAUUUGCAGGAUACAAACAGGCAUAUGGUAGGUGAGUCACUGGGAUCAUUGCCAAUGAAAGAUCUUAAGAGCUUGGGGACUCGUUUAGAAAAAGGACUUAGCAGAAUCCGUGCCAAAAAGAAUGAGCUGCUGUUUGCAGAAAUUGAGUAUAUGCAGAAAAGGGAAAUUGACUUGCAAAACAAUAACCAACUUCUCCGAGCAAAGAUAGCUGAGAAUGAAAGGAAGCAGCAGAACAUGAAUUUGAUGCCAGGAGGGUCUAACUUUGAGGUCAUGCAUUCUCAGCCUUUUGACUCUCGGAACUUCUUUCAAAUCAAUGCGUUACAACCCGCUAAUCAUUACCCCCAUCAGGACCAGAUGGCUCUUCAAUUAGUGUAAGAAUCUUUCACAUCAUUUUUUUGGGGGACAAUGCACAUCAAAAUUACAUAAUCAUCAUGCACCAUUUACCGUAUUUUUCAUGAAACAACACAUGAUCCGUAGCCCGCCAUCCCAGAGUUUUAUCAUAUAUCUCAAUAUUUCAUCAUGGAAAUGUUAAUUAUUAAGACAUAAUGAUGAUUCUAAAUGACCAUAUAUAAUGGAAACAAUCCCAUUUGACGUUAACAAGUUGUUUCUAUGCCUGUGCAGCUAAGAUUCUGGUGAAUUAUGUGGUGCUUUCUACUGUUUCUGGUUUAGUGAAGAACACCUUAGUAUUCUGUUAGAUGAAAGCUACCAGUAUCAUGAAAAUGCUAUAAGGGCAGGAAUCAACUUCCAUUAAAUAGAGUACCGUAAAAUUGUUCUGCCAUUUUUUAGCUAUGUAUAGUGUGUAAGACUGAUAAGCAUGUUUGUCGGACAAGAAGUCUUCUCUUCCAUAUGUUUAGAAUCCUUUCAUAUAUA